AUGCUCCAUCCACCGAACCGGGGCAUGCAUUCGAAUGAUUUUGGCGGCCGACGUGGUGGGCGGAACAAACACUGGACUGCUGCUAAUCACGAAUCUACUUCGACCAUUACUCACCACGAAACGGAGAGAUGGGACCGCGGUCGGGGAAGGGGCAGGGGCAGGGCAAAUGGUAGCUCGCGUGGCUCAACACGACCAGCUACACCCGCAAUCACGUCGGAGACAAUUCUGGUGCAAGAUGAUCCAGUUCUUGAAACUGUGGAAGAGCGCGACAAAUUCUUUCAAGAGUUGGUCAAGCAACGCGAAAUCGAACGGAGGACGGCAAUUGCUGAGGGUAAAAUGGAUGACCCUCUGGUUCCCAAACGACUAGAAGAUGCCAUUUCUAUUGUUGGUACUUGCAUGGACAUGUGUCCCCGGUUUGAACGGUAUCGACGCGAGAGAGAAAGCAAUCUCUUUGAAUGGGAGAUGAUCCCUGGGACGAAAAGAGUCGAUCAUAACCGAGCAGUGAAGAUGUAUGAGCGGGCUGCCGGAGACAAAACCAUACCUUCUGACCUGCGACCCCCGCCUGUUCUCAAGAAAACACUGGACUAUCUUUUCCAUGACUUGCUUCUGCGUGGAGGCUUCUCCCCGACCUUCAACUUCAUUCGUGAUCGUUCGCGGGCCGUGCGGAACGACUUCACGAUGCAGCAUCUCACCGACGCGCUCGCAAUGGAGUGUCAUGAGCGUUGUGCGCGGUUUCACAUAUUGGCACUUUAUUUGGAACGUGACAGAGAAGGAUUUUCAGUGGCGUUGGAGGAACAACAACUAAUGAAUACACUACAAUCGCUGAAGGAGUUCUAUAACGACCAACGCGAAACAUACGAGUCGCCGGCCGAACUCGAAAUGCGCAUCUAUCAUAGGCUUAUCCACAUCCGUGACCAAAUUGAACGGCCAGAGCCCGCUCCUCUUUCUCAGCAUGUCGCUGAACACCCUAUCUACAAGCUCACCACUGCGUUCCGCUCUCAUGUCCAGAAGAAGAGUCAACCAAUCACCAAAGUCUCCCGUCUUGUGGUCGAUGCAACAGCUAUGGGCAUCUUCGGUCAACUCGCCGCUGAGAUGAUGGCUCUCGGAGGAGGUGGCAAAGGCAUGGUCUUCCUUGUAGCGUGCAUUCUUGAACGGUUGUUCGGGAAAGGCACGGUAGAAGGAAUAGAUGAUAUUCGGGACGGGGCUCUAUGGGGCGAAAUAAUUGACGGAACUGCUGGAGCUUCCGAUCCCAGUCCAGAAAACCACAUAGAAGAAGUGCAAGAUGAUGAGUUGGAAUUAACGGAUGCAGAGGACGCCAUCGAAAACGACACCGGCGACGACAACAACCAACCCGUGCAGUCACCGGCAAUCAGCGUUCCUCAAUCCUCAGCAUGGGCAUCGUUGACACCAUCGACCAAUCUCACUCAGCCAGUCAACGCAUUCUCCAACUUAGGUGCCGGUACCAGUGUAUUUGCACCUUCUGUUUUUGCCCCAUCAGCUUUCCCUCGACAGUCGGUCUUCACUAACACUGGUCCGAAUCCCUUCACUACCAUUCCCCCCGCCGCGCCGACAUCAUCCUCAUCUACUUCUGGUUUUACUUUGGGCCUGCCUCCGCGUGUCCAAAACAAUCCAUUAAUACCUUCCAACACUCCAUCGCCAUUGUCCCUCGCAUCCACGUCUGCCUUACCAUCAAGUACACUGGAUCUUCCGCUAUCAAACAACAUUUUCGCGCCAAUUCCAACUCCUGCUGUUGGCGCAACAACGUUGGAUGAUGUCUCGGGUAAAAUGGAGCCAGUCAGUUCGUCGAAUAAUAUCUCGGCGUCAUUACCCUCGACGACGCUUAAUCCUAACGCGUUGGAAUUUACACCCUCCUCACGGCCAUUCCCUUCAAGUACAACAACCACAAAACCCAUCUUUGGUGUAACACCUAUACCAUUAUUCGGUGCUUUUCCGACUUCCACAUCUACCAGUUCAUUUAAACAGUCGACCACACUCAGCACUCCUCCUGCUGCAACGACUUUCCCAAAAAGUACCCCACCACUUGCCAAGAUUGACACUUCCCCACCAGUCCUCACACCCGCCGGUCCAUCAGAUCCGUCCACACCAAUCAUCCCGCCUGCGCUCGGCAAAGUCCAGCCGAUAUCAUUGCCAUCGACGCCGACUGUUCCGCCUCUGCAGGCAUCUCUAUCAAAUCCCAAACCAACCAAAGCGGUCAAUCCGCUUCUUGGCUUCCUCAAAGACACCUUACAGACCACGAAUCUGGGCCCAGGUGGUGGGGAAAUGCUGAGCCCGCUGGUGAUAUCUAGUCCAUCAGUCACCCCGCUUAGAAACAAUUACUCGCCGGCAAAAAGGCCACGAGUUGAAGAGUCCCCACUACGCAUCAACGGCGAUAUCAAGGGCAAGGGUAAACAGCGAGGGGAGCAAAUCGUAGAAGUUGAUGAUGGAUUGGAUGCUAAAGCAUUGACAUUCGAGCGGCGCGGCCUAACUAUGAGGGAGAGUUUUGGGGUGUGGAAGAAGCGAACAACUGAUCACGCGGAGUGGGCUGAAGCAGUCAAAAACAGCGACCGGUAUUCUCGCAAGGUUAGGCGAGAGAGGGAGCAAGGGGUAAAACGGAGUAGUCCAAAUGCAAGGUUUCCAUUGGGGGCUAGUGGUGGAAAAAGGCCAAGAAUGUCGGUGGAUGAGGAUGUGUUCUCUGCGUCGACUUCUUCACUGCUGUCAGCAAAGAGGAAGCGGCAGACUCCCCGGAAACACAAGUACGAAACUCCGCGUACAGAUGAAGAGUUGGCAAAGCGUUUGGGAGAGAACAAGGAGGAGCACAGCCGGCGCUGGGCUCAAGGUUCUUUCCUGUCAACCGUUCGGUCGCUCGUCAAAUCGCGAUGCCGGGCCGCUCAAUCAGCGUCAGCGGUGUUUUGGCAAAUGUGGCUGUCUCUUAAUCCUGAGAGCGAUGCGACUGCAAUUUGGCUUGAAACAAAGUUUGAUGUGCAAAAUAGCGGUGGGAAUUGGGAGACUGACAUGGUUUUCUCUAUACCUGCUGUUCUUAACGCGCCCGUCGACGAGCAGUACCCUGGUCUGAUAAUAUUCGAAUGCACGCCACUAGAGGGCAUAGAUGAUGACCUUGAACGCAAAUAUCGCAUCCUUGGUGACUGUUCAAGAUUACGUGAUAUUAUAGAUGCCCUCCCUGGCAAGCGCCAUUUCAUCCCUUCUCUGUUGUUGUUUGUUUGGUCAGCGGAUGGAUCCCCGCCCUCUCUGCUUGCUAGCGACUUGCAAGAUAUGGUUGCCAAAUAUGUCUCAGCCUCCACAAUUGCCAACUUCGCCAUCUUCCAUCUCAGCGCGACUUCAACAGACGUCGAUGGGAAAUUCCAGCAAAGCCUUUCAGAACUAGACAUGGAUAUCGUCGGGCGGCUGGUGCAAUCACUUAGUUUGAAAGAUGUUUUCAAAUUAUUUGAACCCGCUUUUCACUCCUUCGUUGCAGAGUGGCUGGAGAACUGUACCCGAGAUGGACAAUUCAAUUGGUCGUUAUAUGCUCACCUCCUCGACGCCGUAGUGUCGGUAGUCAACAAGACCGCCUAUCUUGUGCUCGAUCUAAUUGGCGCAACGCCGGAGAGGCAGCUAUUACCCAACCUGCGAACAGACUGGGGUGGGAUUCGUGACAGCCAAAGUGUCUUCGAGUAUUGCCUGGGCUGGCUUGUCAACCCCCAACUCGAUCGACUUGCAACGAAGAUCAUCGCCACAAAUUUGCAGUCACACCGUGACAUGGGACGAGAAUUCCCCACAUCGACGUUUGUAGAUCACCUCUGGGCCUUGGCUUUGCAUCAUGCAGAGAGCCUGUCAACUCCAAAAGAACAGCAUUUCUUCGUAUUCCCAGCCGAUAUUCCUUCAGCGUUGAAACAACAAACGGAAGUAAUCGACGCCCAGAGGACGAGCUUGGUCCAGACCCAGCGAAUGAACUUGCGUCGCUCGCCAAGGCGAAGAAGUCGCAGCUUGUCGGAGGAGACAGAUUUUACGAGCCCGUUGGCACUUAAACGACAGCGGCUCUCCUCAGGCGCACCCAGCACAUCAUCAACUCAUAUCACACCGUCUUCCAGUCCCCCGCAGGCCAACAGUCGAAAUACCCCUUCACCGACUGCAAGCACUGUUUCGUUGUCAUCUUCUGUGCCGAUUGUUACGGCGUCAAUGUUAAGAGCACUGACGAGGGAUAUGAAGAGUAAAUAUGUCAAGAAGAGCCGCUGA